GGACACGCAGUAUCGGAUGCACCCGGUCAUCGCGGCCUUCCCCGCGGCGGCGUUCUAUGGGGGGCGGCUGAGGAACGGAGCCAACACGCAGGCCCUGCCGCUGCCCGUACCGCUGAAGCAGCGAGUGACCUUCGUUGAUGUGCCGGGCUGGGAGCAGGGCGGCAGGGGCAAGUCCUGGGACAAUCCAGCACAAGCGCGGGAGGCUGUACGACUGAUCUCCGAGCUGCUGCGACUGAAUGCGGGCCGCCUGGGCGCUGCUGACAUCGGAGUCAUCACCCCCUACCGAGCCAUGGCGGCAAACAUGCA